AAGGUUGUUUUUCCUGAUGUACGAUGAAACCAGUUUCGGGUGAAUUCAAACUACAGCAGUUCGUAAGAGUUGUUAAAGUCGCUCCUGGUGUUCGAGUGGAAACUUGCACAAGUCGUAUACUGUACACUCAAGGGCCGAGGAGUUUCCUGAGAGAAACUCAGGAAAGGGUGAAUCGGUUUGCCCGAGACUCGUCCCGUUGGAGUUUUCGUGAUGAUGAUGGUUAUCAGAAAAAUCCUUUUGAUCCACGGAAAAAAGGAAGUCUGUUGAAGCGAAUUAACGAGUUUGUUGACCGCAGCUUUGAAAAAAUCGAAGUGAAAAUGGAAAAACCACCAUCGCGAAAUAUUAUGGAAAAAGUCGACAAAUUUGAGCAAAAACGUGAGAAUGCUGCUCGAAGGCUCCAACCAGUGUUGCGGUCACCAGCUGGGCAGAAGGCGUAUGAAUGGCGAUAUCGAUAUAAACGGUGGAUCGAUGAAAAGACUCCUUACCCUGUGACUACCACUAUGUUGCUCCUGGCUGGUGUUACCUAUCUAGUCUGGGGCUUCGCUCCGUCGAAGUUUAUGAACCGCAACUUCACAGUGAGCAGAGAAAACCUCCUGCAUGGUCGUUUCCACACGUUGUUGACGGCAAGUCUUUCUCACACGAGUUUUACUCAUCUUCUCGUUAACUCGUUGGUGGUUUUCGUGUACGGCUCUCAACUAGAAAGACUUCUGGGUGGACCCGCGCUGAUCAGGAUCGCCAUCACCAGUGCUGUCGCGGGAAGUCUCGGACAUAUCCUCACUGCUAGUGAUAAAAGAGACGCAGCGGUCGGUGGCAGCGGAGUCGCCUUCGGACUACUUACGGCGUCGUGUUUGCUGG